AUGAAGACCACUUCUCAUACAGCAUCACGCUUACAGCAUAGAGCAAUGGACUCGGCUUGGCCAACAGCACCUUGGGUGCCAGUUUCACGAUCAAUGUCGCAAACAGCCCAAAAAAUAUUUUUUGGUCGUCGUUGUCGAAGAGGUCGACCCUCAGACCCAGUGGCUGGUAGCGACAUUGCGAAAUCUGGGAUUGGCAAGCUUGAUCGUGAAACUUUCACACAAGGUGCAGUUGGCCAAGCCGACAGCACAUUGCACUAA